AUGUCAUGGGCGUCCCAGCCCAGCGCCAUCACCGCCAUCACCGCUGUCGUUCUCGUGCGCCCGCCCGAAACCGGUGCUCGGUCCUCGAUCCUCGAUCCUCGACUCUCUCCCGGCCUCGAUCCUCGACUCUCUCCUGGCCUCGACUCUCUCCCGUGCUCGGUCCUCGACUCCCUCCCGUGCUCGGUCCUCGAUCCUCUCCCGGCCUCGACUCUCUCCCGCCCUCAAUCCUCUCCCACCCUCGAUCCUCUCCCCCUUCGCUCGCAGCCCCCCCAUCCGUGCUGCACAAUGGCGUCCAAGAGGCUCCUGGGACACGCGCGGCGGUGGGUGGACAAGGCUGGGCCGCCGUCGAGCGCGCGCACCCCCAGAUGCUUCGCCAGCCAGGCCAGCCGUUGGGCGAUGGAGAGCAGCACACACGGCAAGACACCGCGGCCACAGCACCCAUCUCGCCUGCCGUGCGCGGCGACGCCAUCGUCGCGCGCUUUUUCCUCCAGCCCAGCGCCCCGCCACGGCCACCUCGACAAGCCCAACGCCGGCGAAGAACUGCACGUCACCUUCAUCGACAAGGACAACCACUCCCACACCUUCGAGGUCUCGGCCGGCGACAACCUGCUCGACAUCGCCCAGGCCAACGACCUCGAGAUGGAGGGCGCCUGUGGCGGCUCCUGCGCCUGCUCCACCUGCCACGUUAUCGUCGACGACGAGGCCAAGUACGACGCCAUGGAGGAGCCCGACGACGACGAAAACGACAUGCUGGACCUGGCCUUUGGCCUGACCGAGACCUCGCGGCUGGGCUGCCAGGUCAAGAUGACCAAGGAGCUCGAUGGCCUGGUCGUCAGGCUGCCGAGCAUGACGCGGAAUCUGCAGGCCAGCGAUUUCAAGUAG